CUCGAGAAUAGACAUUCGCAGCCUCGCAGGCGGUAGGUACCGCCCCAGAGAUUGUCUUCUUCUUGUGCAAUCUGCAUACAGAUCAGACAUGCAACAGCCACGCGCACGCACGAUACAACUGUGAAACGACGUGACCAACCGCCAAGGUACCGCGCUCCGCGAUCCAAUCUCCAGCCCCCGCCACCGCAACCAUGCCAUCCUCCACGCUGGGCAUCGCGCCGCUGCUGGACGCCUACUUCCGGCGCCGGUUCGCCGCGGCGGGGCUGGUCCAGGAGACCGUGCCCCUGGACGGCGGCGCCACCACGGUGCACUGCUGGCGCUUCCCGCCCGGCGCCGCGGCGAGCGAGGACCUCCCCGUGCUCGUCCUCCUCCACGGCUUCGGCCCGCCGGCGACGUGGCAGUGGUUCCGCCAGGUGGGCGCGCUGUCCCGCCGGUUCCGCCUCGUCGUGCCGAACCUCCUCUUCUUCGGCGGCUCCCGCACCUCGCACAAGGAGCGGUCGGAGGCCCGACAGGCGGAGGCGGUCGCGGGGCUCAUCCGCGCGGUCGUCCCCGCCGGCGCCCGCGUGUCGGUGGUCGGGACCAGCUACGGCGGCUUCGUCGCGUACCACGUGGCGCGGCUGCUGGGCGCGGACGCCGUGGAGCGGGUGGUGAUCGCCAGCUCCGACCUGCUCAAGGGCGACGCCGACGACCGCGCCCUGCUGCGGCGCGGCGGGGCGGACCGCGUGGAGGACGUGAUGCUGCCGCGCACCCCCGAGAAGAUGCGCCGGCUCAUGGAGCUCGCCUACCACCGCCCCCGCCGGUUCGCCCCGGGGUUCGUGCUCCGAGACCUCAUACAGUAUCUCUACACCAACAACAUAGAGGAGAAGAAGGAGCUGAUCAAGGCGAUAACCCUGGGGGACAAAGACAAGUUCCAGCUCACUCCACUCCCCCAGCAAGUUCUUGUGCUGUGGGGAGAGAAUGAUCAGAUCUUCCCCAUAGAGAAGGCAUUCCAGGUGACAAGGCAGCUAGGUGCGACUGCUAGGCUGGAGAUCCUGAAGAACACUGGCCACAUGCCGCAGGAGGAGGACGCAAAGAGGUUCAACGAGGCUCUGCUGAACUUCUUGCUACCGGCUCCGAUUUCAUCACUGUGACGCGAAUUUCAUUGCCGAUAUCUGGGAAGAGAUGGUCGGGGUUUCAUAAUUUAAGAUAUGUCUUGCCUGUAGACUGUAGUUAGCUUAUUUAUCGGUUCGGCGUCUCAAACCAAAAGUACACUCAGCAUCUUUAGGGGAAAAAACGUUGCAAUCGGUUUGGGCUGCUUCUGCUCUCUACAUAUGCUUGGCCUAUGAUCUUAGUAUUGCCAAAUUAAAAUAACACACAGCACGACUGCACGAGGGAGCACUGAUAAUUGAGUGUAAUGAAUUAUUGAUUCAGCAGGAUAGACGAGGACUUGAGAUA